GUGUGUGUGUCAACUGACAUAUCUAAUAUGAUACAUGGAAGUAUGAUACUCUUUUAUUAACCUGUUAUUCAUCUCUAUUCCUUAUUAUUCCUUAUUCCUAUAAUAGCUUUAAACUACCUACCUAACCUACCUAAGGUAACCUAACUUAACUUAAACUUUACCGUUAAAUCGUGCCGAACUCUUCCCAGUCUUUUCCCAAAUCGAAUUCCCCCAGUCGAUCCUCUUCGAUCCCCAAUUUAAUUUUUUAAAUUCCUUGAAACAACGGGAACAAAAACCAAAAAAAGUCUUGGCUUCUUCCUUCAAUUGUCACUUUGAGUUUCUUUAUAUCCAUCCAUUCCCAAUUUCCGCCAACACCCCAACCUUGUCUAAUCGAUCAAGCCUCAUUAGACGAUCGGCCCUUAUUCCCGGAUGCGCCACCUGCAGUUCUGUGUUCAGCCUCAAUUGAAUCCUCCCGGGCAGUUUGCAGCCAUUGCAGCAUAAGAGAGAGAGAGAGAGAGACAAUAGCAACGCGCAUGUCGUCAUCUCAAGUUCCGACGGAUUUGUUGUACGGCAGCGGAGGAUACUCUGGAAACUCUGCCAAUUCCGCCGUUUCCGCAACCUCUGCUUUAUCGCCAAUUACAAUACUUACACCGGCCUCAGCAAGUACACUCUAUACCUCGCCCGAUUCGGCAACUCAGUCUUUUUUCGGCCCUAAGUCUGAACCUGAAGAUGGCGACGGCACGAGCAGCGGAGGUAGCGUCACCGCCGUACCUCCGUUCUCCGAACCCCUGAAGAAGAAACAGAAGCGCAACAAACCAACGCUAUCAUGUUAUGAAUGUGUCGAACGGAAGACGAAGUGCGAUCGAGGUAGACCUCACUGUUUAGCUUGUAUAAAACGACAAACGGAAUGCAAAUAUGCGCACGUGGCAAAUCUCCUCGAAGAGACAUCACGGUCGGCCACCAACGGCCGCAGGAUGACGAAACCACCGAAGAAGAAGGUGACGAUGAGUGGGAUGAGACCUUCGAUUCCAAAUAUAGCAGAUAGAGGUAUUCCCAUCAGUCGGAUGACAUCUCCAUCCAAUGUCUUUGGGGUAGGCUCAGAACAUCCUUUCGCCAACUACUGGACUUGCGAGGGCGGGCUCCCCGAGGUCAUCGGGGUUCUACCCGACAAGUUGCAGACCGAUAUCCUCAUCAGCCAGUACUACGACUGCGUGGACCCGGUCUAUCCUAUGAUCGAUCGCCAUACGUUCUAUCUCGAGUACGAGCACUUUUGGUCCUUACGAGAUUCCGAUAAGACCGAUGCCGCUUUCGUAGGCUUGCUCUUCACCAUGAUGGCUCUGGGAACGCAAUUCGUGAUGACGACGAAUCCUAAAGAUCGCAAGCAAACUGCCGAGUUCUACGCCUCGGCAGGUAAUCAGGCGCUGCGCAUGUCCUCUUAUUUAAAUACGGCUUCGUUACGCUCUGUUCAAGCUAUGGUUCUGGUUGGCUAUUUCUUGAUAAACGACAAUCAUGCGUCAGAUGGUUGGGCUUUUUCAGGCUUGUUAUUGAGGCAAGCUUAUGCGAUGGGUCUGCAUAGGGACCCGAAUAUAGUGGUCCCUGGCGCAAGCGAAUUUGAGAAACAACAACGGCGCAAGCUCUGGCAAGCCGUCCUCGUGCAGGAUACCUUUCUAACGGUGCUACUCUCGCUACCCCCCAACGCCACACACACGGAUGUAAAAGUCGAGGACUUCGUCGACGACAUAUCCGGGUUCGGCGAGUCGAACCCGAUCGACACGGCGUAUAUCCGCGGGUCCUGGAUGCUAGCAAACCUAGUCCAAGAAACCAUCUCCAGCCCGCGCUCUCUCGACGUGCCCAUCUGCUCCACGCAGCGGCAGAAGUCGAAACUAGUAGCGGACUUCCGUGCCGUCUACCGCUCGUUCCCCGACGUGUUCCGGUCGUGGGACCAGGAGAGCAUCGCGCAACUCGCGUGCACGAACAAGCGCGUGGUGCGGCAGACGCUGUUUCUAAGCAGCAAUUACUACCACAACCUCAUGCUCGUACACGCCUCCGAGAGCCCCGACGUCCCUGUUAACAUCCGCGCGACGCUCGAGGCCGCGCACGAGGCUAUCGCGUGUUUCUUCGUACUGUGCACGCUGUUCGACCCCGAGGCGAGGGUGUGGUGGGUUUUUCACCAUAGGGCGUUUUUGGAGGCCCUGUGUAUAGGGAGUGUGCUGCGCGAGGCGGGGAGAGAUCUGGCGACUUCGGAUCAGUUCUUGAGGGAUCCGCUGUUUGCGAGGGCGAGGGCUGAUAUAACGCGUAUGGUCCAGAUCAUGAAGAUGAUGGCGGAUGGCGAGUGGGGCUCCGAUGACGCGAGGACGAGGGUGGCGGUUUUGAGCGAGUUCUUGUAGAUAUGUAUGUAAUAAGGUAGGGGGGUAGGAGGUGGUUGUGAAGAUUGGUGGUGGAGGGGUGAAACUUGUAUAUAGACUCUAAUGCACAUUAUGAUUAUUAUACCUGG